GAGUUGGUCAGAGAUAAUCUACUAUAUAUGUUCCUAAGUCAGACACUCAACAAUAUCACUUGAGGGAUUUCUGAGAAAACCUCUCACUCCUUCAACAUGAAUGACCAAGACAUUUCUAGUUCUUUAAUGCAGUCCCCUCUGAUCGCAACUCAUGAAAACAUUGUUGAAUAUGACGCAAAUCAGGGCAGGAAAUGUUAUCUAGAAGCAGAGACAAUCACAGAACUGAAGAGGCAAAUGAGCUUGGCGGGGCCUCUAAUCGCUGUUAGUUUCUUUCAGUAUAGUUUACAGAUGAUAUCGGUGAUGUUCGUUGGCCAUCUUGGUGAGCUUUCUCUUGCAAGUGCUUCAAUGGCCACUUCCUUUGCUGGAGUUACCGGUUUCAGUUUCCUGCAGGGAAUGGGAAGUGCACUUGAAACAUUCAGUGGACAAGCCUAUGGAGCACGACAAUAUCAUAUGCUUGGUGUACAUACGCAGAGAGCUAUGCUUGUUCUUGCACUAAUGAGCAUUCCUAUAUCAUUUUUUUGGCUUUAUUCAGGACAUAUUUUCUUGAUAUUUGGACAAGACCCGGAAAUUUCAAUGCUUGCAGAGAUUUAUGCCCUGUGGUUGAUCCCUAGCAUUCUUCCUUAUGGUCUGCUCCAAUGCCAAGUCAGAUUCUUACAAGCCCAAAACAUAGUACUCCCUUUAUUGAUCGGUGCAGGAAUUACUAGUUUGAUGCAUAUUCCUGUAUGCUGGACAUUAAUCUUAAAACUCGGGUUUGGUAAUAAAGGGGCUGCCCUGUCUAUAGCCAUCUCUUAUUGGAUCAACGUGUUUAUUUUGGCAAUUUAUAUUAAGCUGUCUCCUACAUGUGAGAAGACUUGGACAGGUUUCUCCAAGGAGGGCAAGGAAAAUCUUCUUGAUUUCGUUAAGUUAGGAAUACCUUCAGCUCUUAUGAUCUGUGUGGAGUUCUGGUCAUACGAGUCACUGGUACUAAUGUCAGGUCUUCUUCCCAAUCCGAAGCUAGAAACUUCGAUGAUGUCAAUCAGCCUUAACACAAGUUCAUUGGUAUUCAGAAUUCCCGUCGGUUUAGGCAGUGCUAUAAGCACGAGAGUCUCAAAUGAAUUAGGCGCCGGAAAACCUCAAUCUGCACGCCUAGCAGUGCAGAUAGUAAUCUGCUUGGCAGUAAUAGAGAGUGUCCUUUUAAGCUUAAUUGCAGUUGCAGUCCGAGACAUAUGGGGUUACCUGUACACGAACGAAUUGGAAAUCGUCAGGUACUUAGCAUCUAUAAUGCCAAUACUUGCGAUAUCCAAUUUUAUGGACGGAAUCCAGGGCGUCCUCUCAGGAAUAGCAAGAGGGUGCGGCUGGCAAGACAUUGGAGCAUAUGUAAAUUUAGGAGCUUAUUACCUUGUCGGCAUUCCUUGUGCUUUAAUCCUGACUUUUAUCUUCCAAUUUGGAGGAAAGGGACUUUGGAUGGGAAUCAUUUCUGGGAGUUCUCUACAAGCACUUUUACUUUUAGUCAUUACCAUGCGCACAAAUUGGGAAAGACAACUUUUUCUUUCCACAGGCAAAAAGGGCCAGGGAUGGAGUGAAUGCUUCCAGCAUGCCCAAAGAUAUUGGGGUUACAACUACUUUAUUAGAUAACUCUUGUUAAAUAGAAUUAUUUCCGCUUGUUAUUUCUGACAAGUGAUAUUGGUGAGUUAGUUAUUAGCUGAAUUAGUGUUGAUUGAAAUCAAAAUAGACUUCACAGGUAAAAGACAUUAUUCAAUUAGUCGAUUCACUGUAGUGAGUCAUUGAUAUUUUAGUAGCUACAAGACAUAAGGUCGGUUUCAACGUUAAGAUAGUAAGAUGGUAUAUACAUUACAUGCUGCAAAAUGGUGAGUAAUACACUGAAAACAGAAGUUUCAAGAAAAUAAAGAGGUGUAAGAGUGUAACUGUUUUCUCCUUUGUCAGAUUGUUAGACAUUUUCUGAUUCUAUAAUCUGAGUUUCAA